AUGUUUUGUUGUGGGCAAGACAAAGAGCCCAAGAGAAUUGCAAGAAUUUCAUUAAGGGCUUGUUUGUACUCUUAUGCUUUAUUUUUUCCUAUUGUGAAGGUUCAUGAAACAAGGUCUCAUUCUCAUGCAUACGCAACUGGUGAUGAAGAGAAAGCAGAAGGUAGACCAGCUCAAGAGUAAUGGAGGAAGGAAUCUCCAAAGAAGGCCAAGGCUGAGGAUGAUAAUGAUCACUCUAAUGGAAAAUCUGCAUCUGAUGUAGCUAAAGAGUUUGAAGAGUUCUGUAAAGCUGUCAGAGAGCACUUAUCUGUUGCACAACUGAAAGAAAUACUUGAAGCUAAUGGCCAGAAUUCCUCUGGCUCUGAUACUUCUGUUGUCAUGAAAUGCCUAGAUAUGUUGUUCUAUGGACCAUUGGAGAAGUGUCCAAUUUGCAAUGGUGAUUUGGAGUUUGAUGGUAACAGCUAUUCUUGCGAGGGAUCUUAUAGCGAGUGGUCUUCCUGUGUCUAUAAAACAAGAAACCCACCAAGGAAACAAGAACCAGUCGAAUUGCCUGAUUCUAUCCUGAAUUCCCCUGUUGCUGAUUUGAUAAAGAAGCAUCAGGAUCCAUGUCACCGGCCUCACCGUUAUGUAGGAGUUACUGACAAACCUUUCUUAGGAAUGAUGAUUUCCCUGAUGGGCCGUCUUACUCGCACACAUCAAUACUGGAAAUCCAAGAUAGAAAAACAUGGAGGGAAGAUCUCUAGCUACGUCGGGGGUGUAACUUGCUUGGUAGCUUCACCUGCUGAAAGAGAGCGUGGCGCCUCACCCAAGCUGAUAGAAGCAAUGGAGAGAGGCGUACGAGUGGUGAGUGAAGCUUGGUUACUUGACAGCAUUGAGAAACAAGAAGCACAGCCUUUAGAAGCUUAUAACAUAAUUUCAGAUCUUGCUGUUGAUGGCAAAGGAAUCCCAUGGGAUAAACAAGAUCUGGAAGAAGCAGCACUUGAAUCACUUUCAGCAGAACUCAAGCUAUAUGGAAAAAGAGGAGUCUACAAGGAUACCAAAUUGCAGGAACAAGGUGGCCAAAUCUUUGAGAAGGACGGGAUAUUAUACAACUGUGCCUUUUCCCUUUGAGACCAAGGACGGGGCAUCAAUGAAUAUUGUAUUAUGCAACUGAUCAAGGUACCAGAGAGUAAUCUCCUCGUCUACUACAAGAAAGGGAGAGUAGGUGAUGAUCCUAAUGCUGAGGAACGACUUGUGGAAUGGAACAACGUAGACAAUGCUGUGAAGGAGUUCGCCAGGCUCUUUGAGGAAAUAAUUGGUAAUGAGUUUGAGCCAUGGGAAAGGGAGAAGAAGUUUCAAAAGAAGCCUUGGAAGUUCUAUCGCAUAGACAUGGAUGACGGAGUGGAUGUGAGACAUGGAGGACUUGGAAUUCGGCAGCUAGGGGUUGCAGCAGCACAUAGUAAACUUGAUCCAUUGGUUGCAAACUUCAUGAAGGUUUUGUGCAGUCAGGAGAUUUACAAGUAUGCUUCUGUCAACUGUGGCCAUUUAUCCAUUUUCUUUUCGGACUUCUGUUUUAAUCAGCAUUAUAUUUCACUGGACAGGUAUGCUCUGAUGGAGAUGGAUUUAGAUGCCCCUGAUUUAUCAAUGGGGAUGCUUUCUAAUGUUCAUUUGAAAAGAUGUGAGGAGGUCCUGCAAGAAUUUGUAGAAAAAGUGAAAUCAAUGAAAGAGUCAGGACCUAAAACUGAGGCGGUUUGGUCAGAUUUUAGCCAAAGAUGGUUUACUCUGAUGCAUUCCACCAGGCCCUUCAUCUUCAGGGAUUAUCAAGAACUUGCAGAUCACGGCGCAGCUGCAUUUGAGAGUGUUCGGGACAUUGUUGUAGCUUCCCAUGUUGUAGGAAAUAUGGGUGAUGAUACCCUUGAUGACCCCUUGUCUGAUAGGUACAAGAGAAUAGGUUGCUCAAUUUCUGCAGUGGAUAAAGACUCUGAUGACUACAAGAUGAUCCUCAAUUAUUUGGAAAAAACUUAUGAACCUGUCAAACUUGCAGACAUCGAAUAUGGGAUAUCAGUUGACAACAUUUUCGCUGUGGAAACUAAUGAAGGCCCCUCUUUUGAUGAAGUAAAGAAGCUGCCAAAUAAAAUACUGCUGUGGUGCGGUAACCGGAGCUCAAACCUGUUAAGGCAUUUGCAUGAAGGCUUCCUGCCAGCAAGCUGCUCGAUACCAGUUCCAGGAUACAUGUUUCGAAAGGGCAUUGUCUGUUCUGAUGCUGCGGCAGAAGCUGCCAGCUAUGGCUUCACUGCAGUAGACAGGCCCGAUGGAUUUUUGGUUCUGGCUGUGGUUUCUCAAGGCGAAGACAUUAUUGAGCUCAAGAACCCACCUCAGGAUACAAAAUCUUAAGAAGAGAAGAAGGUUGGUGUGAAGGGAUUGGGGAGAAAGAAACCAGAUGACUCAGAAUUUAUAGAUUGGAAGGAUGAUAUCAAAGUACCUUGCGGUCGUUUAAUCCCUCCAGAACACAAGAAUAGUCCUCCCGAGUAUAAUGAGUAUACUAUCUAUGAUCCCAAACAGUUAUGUCUGAGAGAUUCUUUUAUCAUUAAAAUGUUCUGGUGAUUUUUCUCUUCUAUGAAUUCUGUUUGCCAUAUUUUUUUGACAACAGGCGAGCAUAAAGUUCUUG